UAGCCGUACAUAUCAGCUACGGAUGAAAGCCAAGAGUGACUCCGUCCCCCGACGCCCCCCCCCCCCUCUCUCUCGCUCUCAUGGCUAAAAUGGGUGCUGAACUACGGACACUUCAUUCAAACCCUCGUUUAAGUCGGAAGUGGAGGGCUUCAAGAAGGUUGAGCUUACAUUCUUGCCCACCUCUAUCUUCAACAGUUCGUGCUUCUCUGUCUAUGGAGGACAAGGACAAGUUCUACAAAGAACUGGGUAUGUUUUCUCUAAGAAAGAAGAUUGAAGAUGUAGUUCUCCGUGCUGAGACAUUGGCACCAGCAGCUUUGGAACUUGAAGAAGCAAUACACAUAAAGCAUGAGGAAAUGAUACGUCAAUCUAACUUGUGGGAUGACCCAGCCAAAUCAAAUGAAGUCCUCAUAAAGUUAGCUGAUAGCUCCAGAGUGGUUGAUGCUCUCAAAGACUUGUGCUAUAAGGCCAAAGAAGCUAAGUUGAUUACUCAGUUGGCGGAGACGAAUGCCAUAAACUAUAGGCUUUUUAAGCAAGCCUACAGUGCCUCUUUGGAUGUAAGCAAAUUAUUGGACAAGUAUGAGAUGUGCAAACUUCUUAGAGGGAAAUAUGACACUGAGGGAGCAUGCAUGAUAAUUAAAGCUGGAGUUUCGGGCUUCUACCCUGAGAUAUGGGCAGAACAGCUACUUCGAAUGUACUUGAAAUGGGCUGAAAAACAGGGCCAUGGAACACGAGUGGUUGAGAAAUGUCUUUCCAAGAAUGGUGGUAUCAAGUCUGCAACUAUUGAGUUAGAAUCCAAGUAUGCCUAUGGCUAUCUUUCUGGGGAAAGAGGUGUUCACUCUAUGAUUAGCCGCUGUGAUGCAUCUGUUUCCGAUGAGGCUGGCAUGGCAGCAGUAGAUGUUAUUCCUCUGUUUCUUGAAACAGCUCCUGACCUAGAAAUUGAUAAUGAGGACUUGUUGAUCUCCUCACCCUCAUCUUGUGAAGCACAGUGGGGCCAAAGUGGAUCUGCAGUAUGCAUUCAGCAUAUUCCAACUGGCCUAAGAGCAGAAUCUUCGGGAGAAAGAAGCUGCUUUGCAAACAAGAUCAAGGCCAUUAAUCGCUUGAAGGCCAAACUGCUCGUGAUUUUGAGAGACCAAGGAAUUUCCAAUUCAAGGAGCAUCAAGAAGGAUUCUAUCGUUGAUUUGUGGAAUCAACAGACUAGAAGGUACAUUUUUAGCCCACACAAGCUUGUACAAGAUGUAAAAACCGGCAUUCAUCUGCCGGACCUAAAUUCUGUUUUGGAUGGAAAUAUUGAACCUCUUAUUGUGGCUAACAUGAACUCCAGACAGGAUUGUGAUACGGUUGAUAUGGUUUGAAACUGGAUCGGUUACUCUUCCUGUUUAUGUGAUGUGAAAACCUUAAUCA